AUGGCCGAGUCUGAGACGACCAAGGAUGUCAUAGCGGGCUGGGUCGGUGGUGCUGUCGGCAUCGUUAUUUCUAAUCCGCUCGAGGUCUUGAAAGUCAGACUGCAAACGAAUCCGAGCCCGAACCUGCAGCACCCUGUCAGCUUGGACGCCCUGCUCUUUUCUCGUUCGCCCUCCCCACUCCACCACGGCCAGAGCAGUCCAGCAACACUUGCGCUCCAAUACUCCAUCCCACCGACUGGCCUCCCUCACGCUCACUCCACCUACAUCCAGGAUGCAAGCCAUCUGAAGUCAUAUCACUCUAGUAGUCCCAACUCGAUCAUCAGUGGCCUCAGAGGACUCUGGAAGAAAGAGGGAUACAGAUUCUUGUUUGCUGGCGCGGCCGCCCCGAUCAUCGGUCUAGCGUUCAUCGACUCUUUCUUUUUUGCAACUUAUGGAAAAUGCAUGAACACAUUUGAUCAAGACCGCGAACGGCCAAAUCAUCUAGGCUAUGUAUUCACAUCCGGGGCGAUUGCCGGAGGGUUCUGUGCGCUCCUACAAACUCCAAUCGAGGUCAUCAAGUGUCGCGCCCAGGCCGAGCAUCUCAACCACGAAACAGGCUCCAAGUCGGGCUCGUUCGCGAUCGCUAAGAAAAUCUACCGUCGGGACGGAUUUCAGGGGUUCUAUCUAGGCGGCCUUAUGACCGGGUUGCGCGACUCGCUCAGCAGUGGAAUUUUCUUUACGAGCUAUGCGCUGACGCGAGGCGGCUUGCGGCAGCUUUUCUCACAACAGUCUUUUGCCUCAUCCGACUCCGAAAGCCCAUUAUCAACUCCCACUACACGGUCUUCAGAAAUCCUCGUCAACAUGGUUGCUGGCGGCUCGUCAGGCAUGAUCUCUGCUCUAUUGCCAUACCCACUCGACAUUAUAAAGACCCGAUUACAAGUCACCAAAGUCACCUCUUCCUACCAAGCCAGCUCUACUCACCCCACCCCACUAGCUCAUCUAAGCCCGCCUUCCCCACCCAAACCAGCAGUUGGAAAGAGCUGCUCAUCCUCAAUUAUACCCAUCACCCAACAAAUCUACAGCGAGGGAAAGAACCGGAUCUUACCCACGUUGCCCCAAACCCGCUUCUACCGCCUCUUCAGCCUCUUCGUCCCGGUUCUUGACUUAAUCAGAAAACCGCCACCCUCCUCCUCCUCCUCUUCACCCCAGGCUCGUCUACUGAGUCAGCGCAGACGGAUUUUGAAGGUCUCUCUUAAGGCGGCUGGGUUGAUGGGCUUCUUUAAAGGGUUAAAGCCUACCUUACUCAGUAGUUUUGUUGGCUCAGCUAUCACGAUGGGCAUCUUUGAAUUUGUUUUUGAUUUCCUUGGCAAUUCUACUCAUUAG